CAAUGCGAAUAAUUUCAUCUUAAUUACAUAUUCUCUUCAUCUUUAUAUUCACUGUAAAAACGAUUCCCCAAAUUUCACGUGGAUAACUUUUUUCCGGCGACCGUUAUGGGAUGCACACCUUCGAAGCUCGACGGUUUGCCGGCGGUUUCUCUCUGCCGCGACCGCUGCAAAUUCCUCGCCGAAGCUCUCCGCCGCAGCUAUGCCGUCGCCGACGCUCACUCCGCUUAUCUCCACUCUCUCAGUACCGUCGGCGAAGUCCUUCACCGAUUCUUCGACCAAGCCGUCGAUUCUCAGCCGGACGUCGACUUCGGAGCAGGAAUCUCACCGGAUUGUUGUUCUCAGGCGGUGUCGUCUUCGUCGUCGUCUUCGCCGGUUCACUCGCUGAGUAGCUCCGACUCGGAUUCGCCUCCGAAAUUCGAUUCUGAUUCGGAAGGAGAGAGAAGCAGAGGUAGGGGUUGCGAGUUGUUUGGUUCUACGAAAGAGGAAACAGUAAAUUCAGGUCGUGAACAUGAUUUCUUCGCGUCGACGGGUUGCAUGAAGAACGAAGCUGGUCGGUCGGUUUUUUACUCUGGGUAUGGCUCCGAUUCUCACCGGAAUUACGAUUCCGGGACCAGAACGCCGCCACCGCCGCCGGCUACGGAUGGUUACGCUUGGGAUUUCAUCAAUUUCUUCGAGAGCUACGAGUUUCCGUACAGUGUCACUGCGAAGGAUUCGAAGGACAAGGAAGCUACUCGUGAUCAUGAUGAUGGAUCGAUGAAGAAGGUUCAGAAGGAGGAAACUAUUUGCUUAAAUCAGGAAAAAAAUAUAGCAGGAGGCGAGAAAAGCAGCCGGAAAAUCUCAGAGAAGACGAAGAAGAAGGAUGGUUCAGUGAAAAACAUGGAGGGCACAAAGAAAAAUGGUUCCGCCGAAUCAAAAUGUGCAAACCUUAGACCGAAUAUCUCGGUAAUUGCAAAAGAACUACAAGAGCUGUUCAUGAGAGCUUCUGAAGCAGGGGAAGAGGUUUCAAAGAUGUUUGAUACCGCGAAAUUCAGAUACUAUUACAAGAGCUCAUUUUAUCAAGCUUCUUCAAACAUUCUGUAUGCUUUCAGCCCAUCGUUCUUAGGAAUUUCUUCCCCUUCCCCGAGGAAGACAAAUCCGCUUGUUCACAAGAAUCAAAACCCAGUUGAAGACAUUGAAGCUGAUUACAGAACUCUUUCAUCUACUUUGAAGAAGCUCUCCAUGUGGGAGAAGAAACUUUACCAAGAAGUGAAGGAUGAGGAGAAACUCCGCACUGCUCACAUGGAGAACUUCAAACAAUUGAGGAGGAUGGAGGAGAAGGGUACUACUGAUGUGCGAAAACUCGAAGCCACUCGUACUUUGAUUCAGAGUUUGUCCACGAGAUUGAAAGUCUCGAUCCAUAUGAUAGACAAGAUCUGUGUCAUGAUAAACACUUUACGAGAUGAAGAGCUCUGGCCACAGAUGAAAGAAUUGAUUCACAGGCUGUCCAAGAUGUGGAGCUCUAUGUUAGAAUGCCACAGAAGACAAUCUCGCAUAAUCUCAGACACGAGGAAGCUCGAGGCAAUCACAAUAAACGGAAAUCUCGACAUCUCUCAGCUAGAGUUGGCAAUGGAACUGAAAGUCCAGCUAAGUAACUGGAACCAAAGCCUGUCAAACUGGAUCGAAGCUCAGAAACAGUGCAUCAAAGCCCUGAACGGUUGGCUAAUGCGAUGUUUGAUGCAAGAACCUCAAGAACAGACACCAGAUCUGAACGAAGAAGCUCCUCCUGUUUUCGGGGCUAUUAACCGAUGGACACAGACCCUCGAGAGAUCAACGGAGAAGGAAGUUACCGAGGCAGUUUAUGCGCUUUUAACGCUUAUAACCCGUCAAAUGAAGAAACAAAAACUCGAGAUGCAACAGAGGAAUGUUAUGAUCGGCGAUAAGGAUGUCGAGAGGAAACUCAUGACCAUGGAGAAGGAAGAGCAGAAGAUUCAGAGGUACUUUGUCCAAACACUGCAGAGAAGAAUGGAUGUUUCAGCUGCAGAAUCAUCGGUUAGUUCGAAUCUGAAAUCUAACUUGGAACAGAUUUUCAUAUCUAUGGAAAACUUGGCUAAUGGUUCGAAGCAAGCAUAUGAUGAUCUUUACUCAGUUUGUGUGUAAUGAUAGUUUGUUACUUUGUUUUUUGGUUUGUGAAAAAUGUGUAAUUGUGUUUUGUUUCUUUUUGUGUUAUGUAGCUUAAGAGCCUUUGCAUUGUUCUUAUGCUUGAAGUUUUUAUUUAUUUUAGAGUUUAUGAAUAAAUUUAGAAUUUUUCUCCUGAUG